UCCGGGCGGGUGGCGGUGACGCCGUUACCGCGGGCGACGAUGGCGGCGGUGGGAGAGCAGGACGGGCCGAAGGUCGGCGCCGUCUGUCUGAUCGUCCUCGGCAUGGCGGGGUCGGGGAAAACCUGCCUGGUGCAGAGACUGACUGGACAUCUGCACACCAAGGGAUCUCCUCCUUACCUGAUUAACCUGGAUCCCGCAGUGCAUGAGAUUCCUGUCCCAGCCAAUAUUGAUAUUCGGGACACUGUGAACUACAGAGAAGUGAUGAAGCAAUAUGGGCUUGGGCCCAAUGGCGGCAUCGUCACCUCUUUGAACUUAUUUGCGACCCGGUUUGACCAGGUUAUGAAGUUCAUUGAGAAGAGGCAGCAGGAUUGUCGGUAUGUUCUGAUAGACACUCCAGGGCAGAUUGAAGUCUUCACCUGGUCGGCAUCUGGAACUAUCAUCACAGAAGCCUUGGUAGGGAGUUUCCCUCUGCAUCCACAUUCCUCCACCAUCAUUGUCUAUGUGAUGGACACAUCGCGGAGCACGAAUCCCAUCACCUUCAUGUCUAACAUGCUGUAUGCAUGCAGUUUGCUGUAUCCUCUACAAACCAGGCUGCCGUUCAUUGUCGUCAUGAAUAAGAUUGACAUCGUGGACCACAGUUUUGCUGUGGAGUGGAUGACGGAUUUUGAAAGUUUUCAAGAUGCAUUGAACCAGGAGACUACUUAUGCCAGUAACCUGACUCGCUCCAUGAGUCUCGUCCUGGAUGAAUUCUACAGCAAUCUGCGGGUGGUCGGGGUAUCCGCAGUGGAGGGCAUUGGAAUGGAUGACUUCCUCCAGCAGGUCACUGAGGCAGCAGCCGAGUAUGAGAGUGAAUAUCGACCACAUUACCAGAAGAUGCAGCAACACCUGGCUGACAAGGAGGCAAAGAAGCGAGAGGAACAACUGGAGCUACUGCGGAGGGACAUGGGGGAUGUUGCCAUGGAUUCCAGCCACGUUGCUGCCAAUUAUACAGAGCGCGAUGUGGAGCCAGGACCCUCGGGUCUGAUCCUGACCCGUGGAAUCAUUGAAGAGGAGGAUGAGGAAGUAGAUUCUGAUACAGAUGACCUGGAUUAUCAAAAAGCGGAGGAGCAGAGGGAGGAACCUGCCUUCAAAAGGUACCUGGAGCAGAGAAAACGUAGAAACCACCCUGCUGUCAAAGAAUGAUCUAAGGGAUCGACAUGGCCAGGAGCCCCGGCAGAUCAGGUGGGCAUGACCAAGUGUCCUCACCAGUCAGCGCCUCUGCUUGGGCCGUCUGUUCUCAGCAACCCACCAAGUGUGAUUGGGAGUGGUUCGAUGUGGUGAUUCCUUCCCACACUUCGCCUGGACGAGGAGGCUUCAGCAGCAGAAAGGAAGAGUCCAGCCUCCUCCCUGAUGGUGGUCAGUUUCCAGUUCCACCAGAACACUUGACCUGCUAUAAUUUCACACAUCAUGGAUUUUUGGUAUUUAUUGAAUAAAAACAGUUUGUUAUUCUCAUAAAA